ACUUGGCUUUAAACUUUGUAUAUAGAGAUUGUUUUGUAUCCUAAAAGCUUUUCUCGCUUCUUUUUUUUUCAUCCAGUAACUAAAUAUCUCUAAAUUUGUUUUCGUGCUUCAAAGUAAAACUUACACGGAGUCCCAAAGAAACUGUUAAAUUUAAAAGAAAAAGGGUCAGGUUAAAGCGAGGAAGCUUUUUUAUUUAUUUUUUAUUUAAAAGCUCAGUAUUCGUACAAAAAAAAAUAAAAAUAUUCGUUUCAAAAUCACAGUGACUGGAAAAUAAAGAAAAUAAUUCUCUAAAAAAAUUUCUCAAAAGUGAAAAAUUAAAUUUUUUAAAGAAGUUAAAGAAAAAUUUCACCACGAUGGCACCAAAAGAUGAUCUUUACACCUUGAUUGAUACGGCGCUCAGUCUCAAUAAUAUUGUGGAUUACAAAUCGCUGCACAGUUUGCUUUACAAAAUUGUCGAUCUUUUGGGGAAUGAACAAUCAACUCAAAGGAGUCACAAAAGGGCGGAUUCAUUUGCUCAAGAAACAUCAUUUGCUGAAGAAAGAUCAAUAGCUGAAGAACAUUCAAUUUCUGGAGGAAAAUCAGUUGUCGAAGAAAAAUCAAUUGCUAAAGAAAAAUCAUUUGCUGAAGAAAAAUCAAUUGCUGAAGAACAUUCAAUUUCCACAAAUAAAAGCCUCAAUCUGACGGAAUAUAGACAGAACUUGGAAUUAUUAGAAAAGAGAAUAAGUAUCUUGGAGACGAGAUUAACAUUAAAAGAAUCAUUGUCUCCCAACAUUCCAAAGCAUUCAAUUCAAUCCCUCUACUACUCUAUGAAUUCCUCCGAUGAUAGUGAUCCCUCAAAGGAAGUAAGUUUGAAGGCAUUUGAAGCAAUUAAUCAAUCUGAUUUGCAUUCUCCAUGGAAGUCAGAUAUGGACAAAGACAGCACGGAUAUUGAUUUGAUGCAAACGAGUACUCCAGCUAACUCCCGCACUGAAAUUAAAAGCUUCCGGUCAUCUGAGUCAACUGAAAGGCGAUCUGUGGUGUAUUCAAUGAUAAAGGAUUUAAUAUCUGAUAGCACUUCACCUGAAUUGAUGAAUCAAAGCAGUAACAAUCAACGUCUAGAAGCUCUGGAAAGAAGAAUGAAUGAUGCUGAAAUUAAGUACAUCGGUUUGCAGGAGAAAUUGGCAAAAAUAAAUUCCUCAAAAGGUGAUUUGCUUGAAGGAUCAUCGGUUGAAGCUUCUGAAAGUUUCAUGCAUGAGGGCACAGAAGAAGUGAAAAUAAAGCUGAAUGAUUUGGAAAUUAAUUACAAAAAUCUCCAGGAGAAAUUAGCAGUAACAGAUUCAAUUCAAGAAAAACUGCAGGAGAAAUUAUCAGUGGGUGCAUUUGAAAAUAUCCUUCAUGAAUGCAGGGAUGCCGCGAGAAAAAUGGAUGAUAGAGGACGAAAUGAGAGAAUUGCUUUCAAUGCAAAAGUAGAAGAUUUUUCGCAAAAACUUGCUACACUUGAUGCAACAAUGAUGGAUCAAAUAGAUCAUCUGAAGAAUCUCUUAGCUGAUCAACUUCUACAGCUUGAGGGAAGAAUUCGAAGAAUGAAGAAGAUUUUCGAAGAUCAAGAUCCCUGUUAUGCAGCUGGUGGAAAAAAUAAAGCCUUGGGAGACUUAGCGUGCAUCUCAUGCAAUAGGUACGUCACAAUGCGCCUUAAUGAACAACAAUGCCUCAGCACAGUUCUAGGUAAGCCCCUAACAAGAACAACGCAAGGAUGCCCGGAGACAAAGAAAUUUGAGAAGAAAACUUCAGAUAAUUUUCGUGAAGGUGAAAAGCGUUUAGCUGGUGGAAAACACACGAUAAUUUCCUCAUCGGAUAGACAAGCACAUAUGAGUAUGCGAAGUGAGGGGGCUAUAAAUUCGAAUGCAAUGCGUUUAAUUUGUAUUGACACACAGACUCCUUCUAAUUAUGGUACACAGAGAAUUCUGGGUGGGAUUAUAACAGGUGUUUUGGCCUCGAAAAAUCAAUAAAAAUUAAGACUAUCUUCCAGUGAUGCUGUUAUCAGGAAAAUCGGGAAAAUCAAUGAAAUUUAUUUCUACAUAGUAAAUUUGUACAAAAAAUCUGAAUAAAAAAAAUUGUAAAAUUUAAA